CUGAAAGUUCGAGCUGUUUGGGCGGACCAGGCCCAGAGAACCUGUUAUAAUGAGUCUACCGGAAGCAGGGAUGCUCAGGCCCUGGGAAAAGAAUCCACACCUGUUGGGCAUGAGCACCAGCCAAGCACUGCUGCGUUGUGAAGAACACACACACGGGUCGUGCAGUUCCAAGAAGCUUCGAACUGAAUCAAGAUGUUUUUGGCUCAAGCAAAGGACUGCGCGAAGCUUUCGUUUUAGUCACUUCUGUAGCAUGUUGGGAGGGUUGUACCCGGCGGAGCAGGGAACCCUGAAGCGUUUGAUGGAAAAGAAGAUGACCGAAGGCUAUGCGAGUUUCAACGACACAGAGAAGGAAUACUAUGGACGCUUAAUGGUAAAAGCUGAGCACUGGGAAGUGAAAGAGCUUCAAGAUGAACUGAAGCAGGAGCUGAAAGAGAAGGACGAGGAGGUUCCUCCUGUUGAGAUUCAGACUGAGAGUGAGGCAAAGCAGAAUGCUUGCGCAGAGUGUUCAAUCCUCUAAAGGUCACAGCCACCAGCUAGUUUCACACAAAAUUUCUAGUCAAACAGCUGUGCUGAAGGUGUAGCUCUUUCUUGUUCAAUUUCUUGUCCAUGCGACAACUCGCAUGCAAAGUCAUGCAACAGACUGGGCGGUCUCACGGAUUUCGUUGUCCUGACGGAUUUCGGGGUGGACCGUCCAACACCUUGGUGGCUCAGACACUGGCCACCGAAGCAGAUCUGAAAAGCAUCGUCGUCCUUGCGCGCCC